ACAGUUGAUACUUUUAUGGACCGCUUUGAUAAACGAGCAGGUGGUUCGUAGCAUAAAUAGUUUGAGGCAUGGUUUUGUUAGCAUGUUUGUGCGGCUGUUGUCGCCUUACAGCCGUCUAUUAUUAGGGUCCUGCUGUCAGCUCUAUUUCCCAUUUUCUUUAAUUUAUUGUCCGUGAUGUCGCGUUUUAUCGCGACACUGGCGUCCCUUACAAACUCCCCGCCGACUGUGUCGCGCCUGUUUCGGGUUUUCCACGCCAGCUCCCUGUGAUAUUUGGUGAAAACAAACCAGGAGAUGGUGACCUUUUUCAGUGCCAGGAGCGAAGCGGGGGUGAACGGCGAUCUGUGUGAAGGAGGGCAGUUGAAUUCCAGAGUUGGCAACUCCAAGGAAAAGCAGCGCUGUCAGCUGUCCCCACUCGGGUCCAAGGGACACCAAGUGACACGUGUAACACAUUUGGCAUCUGACCCAUUUGUUGCUGUUCAGGGUCAACAACCUUCUAACUGCCUAAUCUCAAUAUCUGCCUCGUCUUCUCUCAGCCAAGUGUUAAUAUCUUGUUUUUUAUAUAUAUUGUAUAUAUAUUUUUCCCUUUGAAAGUGGGCUGCCACCUCCUUUUUUUUGCCUUUAAGGAAUGACUAAGAAGUUUAUAAUGAGCUCAGUGAGAAGUGGAAAGAAAAGCAUCGGUGCAGCCAAAACUAACAGUUGAACUGAACGGGAUCACUCUGAGUCAUAGUACCAAGUUAUCUGCAAAGUUACCAGAAGAAUUCUUCAUUUGAAAAACUUUUACCAUGUUUGAGCUCUGCAUAACCCCAUAUCUAGCACCGAGGAAAAACUUGGAUCCAAAUAUCGUGAUGACUUAAUGAACAAUUGAAAGACUUUUCUCUGGGGGAAACAAGAGAAAAUCAGGCAAAUCUGGUCCCGUUUUCUGUCGUCGCCAUCUCGCCCCCUGCCUUUUAAAUCCUUCCUUUAUUUUUACCCGUGUCUGCAUGAGGUGCAGGGAUGCCGCAUCACGUCGACCGCAGUUCAUGAGAGAGAGGUUUACGGUGGAGCAGAGUGGGAAGACAGGAAAUGACAGAGUGCCUGACAGAAUGCAAGGCGCUGGUGACUCCAUCCACGCGCAACGGUCACAGCGUCUUCAGCUACACAUUGGAGAGCCACACCUCGGCCGCCUUCGCCAUCAUGAACGAGCUGCGCCUGGAGAAGCAGCUGUGCGACGUCACCCUGCGCGUGCACUACAAGGACCUGGAGGCGGUGGACUUCGUGGCUCACAAGGUGGUGCUGGCCUCGUCGUCGCCCGUCUUCCGCGCCAUGUUCACCAACGGCCUGAAGGAGUGCGGCAUGGAGCUGGUCCCCAUUGAAGGGAUUCAUCCCAGAGUUAUGGACCGAUUGAUUGAGUUUGCCUACACUGCCAGCAUCUCUGUGGGGGAGAAGUGCGUCAUCCAUGUGAUGAACGGUGCCGUCAUGUAUCAGAUAGACAGUGUGGUCAAGGCCUGCUGCGACUUCCUCGUCCAGCAGCUCGACCCCAGCAACGCCAUCGGCAUCGCCAGCUUUGCUGAGCAGAUCAGUUGCACGGAGCUCCACCAGAAGGCCAGAGAAUACAUCUACAUGAACUUCAGCCAGGUUGCAACCCAGGAGGAGUUUUUCAACUUGUCCCAGUGCCAGCUGGUCAACCUCAUCAGCCGCGAUGAGCUCAACGUGCGCUGCGAGUCCGAGGUCUUCCAGGCGUGCGUGGCCUGGGUGCGCUACGACCAGGAGAACCGGCGACCGUACGUCCAGGCCUUACUCCAGGCUGUCCGCUGCCAUUCCCUCACUCCCAACUUCCUGCAGGCGCAGCUCCAGUCUUUGGACUGGGACCCUCAGUGUAAAGACUACUUGGCUCAGAUCUUCCAGGACCUCACACUCCACAAACCCACCAAAGCCGUCCCUUGCCGAACUCCCAAGGUACCGCAGCUCAUCUACACCGCAGGGGGAUAUUUCCGCCAGUCUCUGAGCUACCUGGAGGCCUACAACCCCUGUACAGGUGCCUGGCUGAGGCUGGCCGACCUGCAGGUUCCCCGCAGUGGGCUGGCAGCCUGCGUCAUCAGUGGACUCUUCUACGCCGUCGGCGGCAGAAACAACGCACCUGACGGGAACAUGGACUCCAACGCGUUGGACUGCUACAACCCUAUGAACAACUGCUGGCACCCGUGUGCACCAAUGAGCGUUCCAAGGAACCGAAUUGGGGUCGGUGUCAUCGAUGGCAUGAUUUAUGCGGUUGGCGGUUCACAUGGGUGCAUCCAUCACAACAGCGUGGAAAGGUAUGAUCCGGAGCGGGACCAGUGGCAGCUGGUGGCCCCAAUGUUAACGCGGCGUAUUGGUGUGGGUGUCGCCGUAAUCAACCGACUGCUUUACGCCGUCGGGGGUUUCGACGGCGCAAACCGGCUCAGCUCCUGUGAGUGCUACUACCCAGAGAAGGACGAGUGGAGGACCAUGGCCCCCAUGAACACUGUGCGGUCUGGAGCUGGUGUGUGUGCGCUGGGUAAUCAAAUUUUUGUGAUGGGUGGAUACGACGGCACCAACCAGCUGAACACAGUGGAGCGCCACGACGUGGAAACGGAUACGUGGAGCUCUGCCGCCUCCAUGAGGCACAGGCGCAGUGCGCUGGGAGUCACUGCUUUACAUGGACGUAUUUAUGUGUUAGGAGGCUACGACGGCAACACUUUCCUGGACAGUGUGGAGAGCUAUGACCCAGAGACAGACAGCUGGUCGGAGGUCACCCACAUGACAUCGGGGCGAAGCGGCGUGGGCGUGGCCGUCACCAUGGAGCCGUGCCAAAAGGGUCUGUCUCGGAGUCAGAAGACUGAGAGCUUCGAAGGCUCGAUCGUCCAGUCCGUCAGCUCCAAUUUUAGCCAGUGUGAACCGUUUAGCUAAGGCAAAUGAAUGUUUUCACACGCCCUCAUAUGUUGUUGAGCCGCCCUAAUGUUUAGCUCUGCUCUUUAUAAAGUAAGGGCAGACGUGUGCGGAACACCACAUCCUGCCUCAUUGACUUUAGGUGUUUAAAGAUGAACCAACACGAGUCGUAUCUUAUUGUCCGUGCGCUGCUGAUUCUCUUCUGUAAGGUGGAAAUUAGCAGCACUGAGCACAUGACCCCUCAGUGCAUCUGUUCUACAACCAACAGGCCAUGUUCAACCAGAAAAGGGCUGCAAAUUGAAAUGUAUUUUAUUGGCUCAAACACUCAUCAGGUCAUUUUUUAAUUGAUUGAAUCUGAUAGUGAAACUACAAUAGGACUAAAAGUAGCAGGCAGUAGUAUUUAAAGUGCCAUUACAGUGCCUGGGGGGGGCUUUAUUAUUACUAUUGUCAGUAUAAUGUGUCCUUGGAAAGGAGCAUACCUCUAAACAUAAAGUCCAUGCAUGACAAUGGACCUCAUGCAAGAAUGUUUUAAAGCUUUCCACAAAACAUUUAUGACUUUUUUCAUUCCCAAUAUUUGAUUAAGAAGUUGCCGUUUCCAGACGGAAGUGCAAAAUCUGCAUCAAGUGUAGCAGAAACAUUUGGAUCAGAUGGUGAAACAUGGCAAACAGUAACUUCUAUUGGUUUUGGUCUGCUGUAAAGGGUAAACAAUUUUGUUUACUUGCUCCCCUGCUUGUAAAGAUGUGUAAAAAGUAUUUAAUUAAAUUCAUGUUUUAUUAUAGCAACACAUUAAAGAUGUUCUAAAAACACAAAAUUUGCAUAAAAAAACACAGUACCAUUUGCAUAAAAACAGUACACAUUAAGAAUGUAAUUUACACUGCAGAAACUCCCUGCAAAAUAAGUAGCUAAAGAAUAUUUUAAUCAUUCUUUUUUAGGUUGAUCUUAGUUUAUAAAAACUUGUGAUUAUUAAUUUGAGCUGUAACAAGGGCCCAAGUGUUUUAGUCGAUACCAGUAUAAGAAUCCCCAUAUGUUUUGCCACCAUUCCCAGAGAGCAGAGUAAAAAAAAAAAACACUCCUGAAACAAUAAUAAAGUUGAAUUUCUUUUAAAAUUGUUCAGUUUUUAGAUUAUGCCGUUGGAAUAAAAGGAAUUUAUUCAAAAGCUUUUCACACAUUUCUAAUUUUGAUGCCCCCAUAAUUUCCCUGUCUUUGUCUGCACAGUGGGACUAAGGAACCCCAGCUGUUCCUUAGCCAUUAAAUUCAGUUAAUAAAAACAAGAAGCGGCGUCACCAUAGGAACAGUUCAACAUCACCAAUAUGAUUCUCAAUUUUUCUUUGCUGCCAGUUCAAACAGGAAUCAAACAUCAGCGCCUUAAUAAAAGCGGGACAGUUGGAUUAGACGGUUGGUAUCGUAUCUGGGAAUACAUCAACAGGCUACCAAACACCGUAAGUUACACUCAUCUUGUUACAACGACGACCUUCAGGGGAAACCAGAAUCCCGGCACUCACAUAACUGUUACUUUGACACCUGCCUCCUGCCUGCUCACCUUUUACAGCCUAAAUCACACAUCGGCAGCACUUUCGCUUUUCCUCUCAAGGCCCUGCAACAACUGCUUUGAAAUGAUCAUGAAAUAAACUGACGCAAUCCAUGGAUGCUGUUCCAGUCCUGGUUAUGAGACUCUCCACUGAGCGGGCAGUUUCUGCGUGUGAUGGCUAAAAUGUGUAACGUAACCAGCUGGAGCUGUAAUUGACACUAUCCACUUUAGUUCUUAUGUUUUUCCAUGGAGCUGGUGGAUUGUAUAGUUUCUUUCCUUUUAUGUAGCUGUAAAUUCUCAGUUAAUAUCAACCUGGUGAAUCUCACUCAGGAGAAGUUCUUGCAUGAAGCCCAUUGUCUCAGUUUGAUGCUGGUUCAGAAAAUUCAGGGCGGUGAAGAAACUACAGCAGCAAACGCGGCCUUUUCUCUGUCUAGCCACUGGCAGGGUGAUAAAAUGUGAAAUUUCAGAGAGGACUCGGAAACGAUUGUUGCGUAAACCUUGAUUAGAUUCAAAAGCAAGUCUUGACAUUGAUUUGGGAAAAACAGGAAGGAAAAAAAACUUAGCAUUUUGAAAGCCUGGAUUCAAACAUUUUGCUGAAUGUGUUUUUAUAUGUUGAAACCAGAAACACUAACCACUUACAGGACUGAAAAACCUCCUCUGCAGACAUCACAAACAGAAGCGCCUAUGUUUGAGCACUGCUGUGGACCUGUUGUAUACUGAUGACAAGGACUUGCUCCAAGAAGCGUAUUUGUAACAGCCAUCUAAGCUACGGACAUUUUUUUUUUAGAAAUGUUUUGUACAUUGAAAAUCUGAAUCGCUUUGUACAGAAUUCCAGAAUUGAUGUUUUUAUUUAUUUGUUCAGAUCCUAUUCUUUGAUUUUCUGCUUGCUUUUCAACUGACAUCAGCUUUGUAUUAAAUCAGACUCUUGAUGUAGUAUUUUGAAUAACUAGCAUGUAUUGUAAAUCAGUGGGGAUGUCUGUUAGUGCUAAGUUUGGGUGUUUUAAAAAAAAAUCUUCACAUUGAAAAGGACUACUUUCUGUUGUCCACUCAGUAGUUUGAAUUCAAACUAGAAUAUUCAUCUGCUUUGUAAGUUUCUUUUUCUGCAAAAGCACCCAUAAAUAUAUUUCUUGUACUGCUG